UAGUAGUUACUUUCCCGGGGAAAUUAACAGCCGUUAUCAAAAUAUCAUCACCUGAACCCGUAAACGCUGAAUCCUAAUUCCCAAUCCUUAUUCUUCAACCUCGUCUCUGUUCCUUCUCUAGGGUUUCUCUGAUUCCACCAUAUGGAGGAUCCCGUCCGUUCACAGGUGAUCGGCCAAUCAGCUACCUCCUCCCAGCUCAAUCUCCCUCCCACUAUGUCACUAGACACUCUGGCUCUGGAAACCCUAACGCCUUCCCGCCACGUCCAACGGAUGAUAAAUUACAACCACCACGUCUCCCCGUCCCGCUCAAUCUACUCUGACAGGUUUAUUCCCAGUAGAUCAGGCUCUAAUUUUGCCCUAUUUAACAUAUCUGGGUCCCCGCAGCAGCGUCCGCAAUUUGGGGGCGAGGGCAAGGAUGAUGCCUCCUCUGGCGCUUAUGUGGCUGCCCUCCGUGCUGCACUAUUUGGCCCUGAUACGCCUGACCGUAAGGACAGCUCCUUGUUGUCUGUGAGACGGAAUAUCUUCGGGUACAAAACUGAGACGAGACGGUCCUUGCAUUCACUUUCGCCGUUUGUGUCCAAUGAGGAGGUUGGGCCCGGCGUCAUCCAUAGCCCGGUUAAGGCUCCGAGGAAGGUCCCUCGGUCUCCUUACAAGGUCUUGGAUGCUCCUGCGUUGCAAGAUGAUUUCUAUUUAAAUCUAGUAGAUUGGUCCUCGCAUAAUGUGUUGGCAGUGGGGCUGGGAAACUGUGUUUAUUUGUGGAAUGCUUGCAGUAGUAAGGUGACAAAGCUGUGUGAUUUAGGAAUCGAUGAUAGUGUGUGUUCAGUGGGUUGGGCUCAACGUGGAACUCAUGUUGCUAUUGGAACUAACAAUGGAAAAGUUCAGAUAUGGGAUGCAUCACGCUGUAAAAGAGUAAGAACCAUGGAGGGGCACCGAUUACGGGUUGGAGCCUUGGCCUGGAGUUCCACUCUGUUAUCUUCUGGAAGCCGAGACAGAAGCAUUCUUCAACGAGAUAUACGUACUCAGGACGAUUUUGUCAGUAGACUCUCUGGGCACAAAUCAGAGGUAUGCGGGCUGAAGUGGUCUUAUGAUUACCGUGAGUUAGCAUCAGGCGGGAAUGAUAACAGACUUUUUGUUUGGAAUCAACAUUCAACCCAGCCUCUGUUGAAAUACUGUGAGCACACAGCAGCGGUAAAAGCAAUUGCAUGGUCUCCCCAUCUUCAUGGACUUCUUGCAUCUGGGGGAGGCACUGCAGACAGGUGUAUUCGUUUCUGGAAUACAACCACUAACACGCACCUUAGUUGUAUGGACACUGGUAGUCAGGUUUGCAAUCUUGUCUGGUCUAAGAACGUCAAUGAACUUGUGAGCACCCAUGGCUACUCACAGAAUCAAAUUAUUGUUUGGAGAUACCCUUCAAUGUCAAAGCUGGCAACUCUUACAGGCCAUACAUACAGAGUGCUUUAUCUGGCCAUCUCACCAGAUGGACAGACUAUUGUAACGGGAGCGGGAGACGAAACGCUUAGGUUUUGGAAUGUAUUCCCUUCCCCAAAGUCUCCGAACACAGAUAGUGAAAUUGGUGCAUCUUCCUUGGGAAGAACUACAAUCCGGUGACUCCUGGAAGCCUCGGACUGCAUCCUUCAAGGUUUCCAGCACUACCUCAGUGCAAAAGGAAAGGAAGUUGAUUAUUCACGCCAAUCCUAAUCCCACGCGGUAAAGAAGGUAACUGGUGUGUUGAGCCGAGCGUCAAGAUUUCAUGAUCUUCAACAUGCCUAAGCCCCGAAAUUUACAGAACUCCCAAAUGCAAUACAGGUGUGGAGGUACAAAUUGAUAACUUGAUUCUUUGCUUUGUUUCUGAUUUUUGUUUACCCUUGCAAAAAUGUAUAGAAGGACAAGUUGUCUAUUAUUUUGGAACUGCUUCCCCCAAGUUGUAUAUUCAAGAGAGUAUUUUGUAGCAAGAUUUCCUAAUUAUGUGGAGGAUUUGUGCAAACAAAUCAAUUUAUCCCA